AUGGCCACCGAGGGCUACUAUCGCCACAUGUUGGCACAGCUUCAGAGUGAAUUCUCGCGUUCUGUUGAAGCUUUUGAGAAACAAGUGACGGUUUUAACACGUCAUAAUACCCUAUUAACAGCUGAAUUAACGCACACAAAAGAACAACAAAAGGAAUGGGCCGUACAAGCGUCGGAAACGAUGAAACACCUUCACGAAAAACUCGAACGUCAAGCGGCUGAGGCGCUUGACAUACAGAGACAAGGUGCCGAGAGAGAAGAAGCAUUACGGAUGGAAAUUGCAGCGCUCAAGAGUUUAGUACAGCAUGAAACGGACUAUUGGACGAGAUAUGACGAAAUCAAUCGACAAGAACGAGAGCAGCGGAUGAACCAAGUCGCUCAAGCAAAUGCUGAGCUUAAACAGUAUCAGGAACAGAAUCAGAUGCUGAAAAACGAGUUGACGAGACUCCAGACUCGCGUCGAUACAGCUGUUGCUUUGAGUACGAGCUUGGAACAACGUCUUGAGGGUGUAGUCAAAGAAAAGGAGGAAAGUUUACAAGAACUGGAGCUUCAAGUGACGCGGUAUAAAAAGAAAUUGCAUGACAAGCGCGUGCAGAAAAAAUAUCUGACGGAAGCGUUGGUGAGAUUGCAAGAGAGACAAGAGGAGAGUUCACGAUGUAGGACUGAGACAGAGGACAUGAUGGGGAAAUCAAGUGACGAGAUACGACGUGUGAGAAAACGAGAACUGACGUUGCCAGAGGAAUUGAAAGCUGCAACAACAACGAAGACGAUGUUGAAAAGUAAAAGGCUCAUGUCAUCACGAGCAGGGACGUCACCAACGUCGUCUAGUCCGGAAAUCUCGCCACGAUCGGCACGUUCAUCACCGUAUCAACGCGCUCCGUCAGUAGCAACGACAACGCCAACGGCGUCUGAUGGAAAUAGCUUUAACAGCAGCAGUGGAAGUUUACGGAGUAUACGAAGUUUACGAAAUGUAACAGGACGACGGAUUAGUAGUAGGAACAACAGUGAUAGUGACAAUAUGGACGGCGGUUCCAGAACAAAUGGAGCACAACGUCAAGGGUCAAACCCAUCGGGAAGACUUGAACGGGAGCUUAAUGGUUUACGACGAAAACUUGACUCGUGUAUGGCGGACACUGCUGCACGGUGGUGA